AUGGCUAGUCCCAACACUGAAGUGAAGCUUCUUCUGAAUACUUCUCUAGUUAUAUCGAACGAAAUCAGCUCUUAUCCAUACGCCCAUACCGUAGUCUGGCAGAUACCGGAGUCAGGUGGUGCAUUCAUCCGUGCCUAUCGUAUUCGUAUUCGUAAGGUUUCAAUCGCCGGAUUUCGAGUAUGGCAUGCAUCUAUACCCCUUUCUGGAGAAGUGAGUUCAUUGAAAACCAAUUGGACGAGUGAGCCAAUGGAAUAUCCUGUCAUUGAGAGUCAAGAACCAUGGCGAUACUAUCAGCCCGAGUUGGUGUCUCCUAUGCUUAAUUCUUUUCGCCUAAACGAUCUGGAUCCAGAGCAGAUCUACCAGGUGGUUAUAGAAGCAGGUAAUGACUAUGGCUAUUCGCUCGACGGCGUAGAUCUUGAUGCUAUCCCUGCUAUUCCACGAAUCCCCGAGUCAGAAAAGGUACAGGCCUUUGUUCUAGGUAUGGAGCAGUCCAAGAAUGAGGUCCGCCAACGCCUUCUGAUUGAACUGAUGACCAAGGAUCUGGUGCGUACUAGCAGCCUUUUCGUCACCACAAUGGCGGACCAAAUUGGCCGCCCUCUUCGUAUAUUUGGCUCUGCUAGUCAUGAUUCAAAUGUAUCAUGGCGGCUGUUAUCUGUCUUCUUUUAUAUUCAGAUCGCAGGGCUAUUUUACGAUUUAGAUUGGCUUUCUCAGCUCUGA